CGUCGCGAUGCAGCGUUUCCUGCUGUUGUUAACAGCACUUUCUCCCCUGCUGUUGGCCACUGCCGGCGUCAGAGGGUCACUAGAGCCGUACUACAAGGCUGCGUCGGAUUGCGUGAAGUUUCUCGGAAUUUGUGAAUCCCGUUUGGAGAAAUACAACCGAUUGGUGUUCCCACCCGAUCGGGAUACGAUGUGUUUUGUGCGUUGCGUAGGGUUGGUUCUCGAACUGUGGGACGAUCGGAACGGGACCCACUGGUAUGGUACAAAUCAACGGUUUGAUCCGGCAACCGAGCAGCAGAUUCGACGCUGCAUCCAGAGCAAACUGGCCAUCAUUGAUCCACGGGAUUUAUGCUCCCGGGCGUACUAUUCGCUGAGGUGCUUCCGGAAGCACAUCCGAAACGUGCUGGAAGUGACCGAUUUCGUGAGUCUGGGUUACGUGGAUGACGCGGGCAAUGUUGGCGAUCCUCCGACCAUUCUGCAGAUGAGUAAGGAUGAUUCGCAACAGGGUGCUAUGAGUGAUGUGAAAAAAAUGGAGAUUAAAAACGUGUUGGAAGAUACGGAUGAUGUUCUUGGUGACGAUGGUCCGGACAAUGCAAUCAAUGCGAUAGGUGUUCGUAACGCAGUGGCGGCACCUAAUCCAGCGGACGAUAUUUCAUUUCUUACCGUUGAUGGUUUGAAAAACACCGACAAAGUGUACAUGUUCAGCGUGGAUAAAGCCGGUGUUAUUAACGACGAUAUUAAUGUUGGGGUCAUCGACGAUUUGACUGCUGACACCUUCGGUGCCGCCAAAGUUGACCGUGCCGUAACUAACUUCGAGGAGAUUGAUAUUGUCGAUGUGGACCAUACAAACGGAGUUGUCGUUGUUGAUAGCUACAAUCCCAUGCCACGCCCUGAAGCCAUCGUUGCUGCACCAAAAAUAAUCGCUCCUGCGCCUAAGAUCCAUCCACAACUACCACCACCACCACCGCCGAUGAUCGUCCCUCCAGUCGAGGUGAUCCACCGCACCACCGGCUUCAUUCCGCUGACUGCCAGCCAGGUCAUCCUCGAGAUAUCCAAAUGCAUGGACGAAUGUGGAGUUUCCACGCUCAAUAUGUGUGCAGCCGCUGAACCACUGCGGGACAUCCCACCGAUUCAUUGCGUGACCCAUUGUGCAGCGCUACGAACCAAUGUGUACUGCGACCGGAGAGGACCACUGUUGGAGAAUCUCUACGUGCAGCUGGGUCGCUGCGAAAGUGAGCAAUCGUUCCGUCGCCGGCUGGAGCUGUGCUUCCGUCGGAGAUGCCAACCGCCUGGGACGUGUCCGCAAGCGAUUGCCUAUCGGCAGUUCAUUACCUGCGUGCAGAACGACUACGAGCGAUUCUUCAGCAGCCAUGCGGACGAACUGGUCCAGCUGCCCAUAUUUACCAAGUUUUGUUGGUGAGACGAGAUCGAUGUGGUUGUUUAGUUUAAGGUUGUUAUACUUGAAAUAAAUCGAAAGUUUGUA